AUGUCAGGUCCAGGAAGUGGUGGUGCUUAUUCUUUCUCCCUUACCACCUUCUCUCCAUCAGGUAAAUUAGUUCAGAUCGAACAUGCUUUAGCUGCUGUUUCCGGUGGUACGACCUCGUUGGGUAUUAAGGCAACCAACGGUAUAGUCCUCGCUACCGAGAAGAAAUCCCCUUCACUCCUUAUCGACACCUCAGCCUUGGAGAAAGUAGCCCCCAUAUGUCCUAAUAUAGGAUUCGUCUAUUCCGGUAUGGGACCCGAUUUCCGUAUCCUCGUAGCUAAAGCUAGAAAGAUCGCUCAGGCUUAUUGGAAGGUAUAUGGGGAAUAUCCACCUACCAAAGUGUUGGUGCAGGAGGUGGCGGGGGUGAUGCAGAAAGCUACUCAAUCUGGUGGUGUAAGACCAUAUGGUAUCUCGCUGCUCAUCGCCGGAUGGGAUUCUCACAGGGGUCAAUCGUUAUGGCAAAUCGAUCCAUCAGGUUCAUACUGGGCUUGGAAAGCCAGUGCGAUCGGAAAGAAUAUGGUCAACGCCAAGACGUUCUUGGAGAAGAGGUACAACGACGAACUUUCCCUCGAAGAUGCCAUUCACACAGCCUUGUUGACUUUGAAAGAAGGAUUCGAAGGUCAAAUGACUGAACAAACGAUCGAAAUUGGAGUUAUCACCGUUCCGACCCCUGAACAAAUGGUUGAGAAAUCUGGGGAGAGGUUACCACCUACAUUUAGGAAAUUGAGUGAGAAUGAAGUUAGGGAUUAUCUGUCUUUGUAA